CCCAUGGCCUCAUCUCCCACGAAGCAGAAGGUGGUGAUUGUGGGCGCUGGACCCGUGGGCUCACUUGCAGCUCUGUAUGCGGCAGCCAGGGGGGAUGAUGUGGAAGUAUAUGAAUUACGUGGAGGUUAGUUGUUCUUGAUAUGCUUCUACAACCCCCAUAUUGUAGCUGUAUACAUAUCCUAUCUUCAUUUUCGUGUGCAACACAAGCGAGGGAAACCAAAAUUGAGUCAUUUCGGGUUGCACCAUUGGAUCUGGGAAUCGCGGGAAUCGCUUCCUGUAUAGGUAGGCUGCAGACUAUGCUGACAUUCGAUAUCAAAUACAGAUCUUAGGAGCGACUCUACUGUUCCACUGAACUUCACCAAGUCUAUCAAUUUGUCCCUGUCGGAUCGUGGAAUCACAGCUAUGAAAGGGUCCGGUCGAGAGACUCUCAUUAACAACAUCCUCCAAGAAACAGUCCCCAUCUAUGGCCGUAUGAUUCACGGCAAAGAAAAUGGAGAGCUCUGGGAAGCUCCACAAGCUUAUGAUGUUCAUGGCCGGAAUAACCAUUCCGCCGAUAGAGGAAUGCUCAACAACGCUCUUCUUGAUGAGCUGGAGCGGAGCCCAAAUAUCAAGCUGUUCUUCGACCACAAAUUGACUGGCGCUGACUUCCGCACAAACAGAGCCUGGUUUGAAUGUCGGUCGCCAGGCGAGGCUCCCGCUCCCGGGUCAUCUGGUCGGUACCCUGAAAUCGAAGUUAGCUUUGAUUUCUUAAUUGGUGCAGACGGAGCACAUUCGGCAGCAAGAUUCCACAUGAUGAAGUUUGCCCGAGUCGACUACCAGCAGGAGUAUAUUGAUACUCUAUGGUGCGAAUUCCGCAUUGCACCAUCGCCAGAAAACGAUUUCAUGAUCUCCCCCGACCAUUUGCACAUCUGGCCCGGUAAGGAAUUCAUGUUCAUCGCUCUUCCAUCCGUCGAUAAGUCCUUUACAUGCACGCUCUUCGCCCCAGCCAUCCAUUAUGCGACCCUCGAGCGCUCCACCCAGGACUUGCUCGAAUUCUUCGCCGUCCACUUCCCAGGCGUCUGCCCAGAGCUGAUCAAACCCAACGAGCUGAUCGAACAAUUCACCACAAACCCCCACCUCCCGCUAAUCAGCAUCAAAUGCAAGCCGCACCACUACAACUCCAGCGUCGUCAUUGUCGGCGAUGCCGCGCACGCUGUCCUCCCCUUCUACGGCCAGGGCCUCAAUGCCGGGCUCGAAGACAUCCAAGUGCUCUUCAAAUACCUUGACAAGCACGGCGUCUACGACUCCUCCACGGCAGGGGACCCGACCUCUCGCGCCCUCGCCCGUGAAGCAGCCUUCCAAGACUACACCGAGCACCGCUCAGUCGACGCUCACGCGAUCAAUGACCUCUCCAAGCAAAAUUACCUCGAGAUGCGCUGGGCCGUCAAACAGCCCCUGUACCGAAUCCGUAAAUACAUCGAAGAAGCCCUGUACCACUACCUCCCCAGCUUAGGCUGGCAAACCCAGUACACCCGGGUCAGCUUCAGCAAUCAGCGAUACUCGGAGAUCGUCCAAACGAAUCGCCGGCAGGCUCGCAUUCUGGGGCUUGCAUUCGGUUCGACUGUACUCUCCGCGCUAACGGCGGUGGGGAUUCUCAUGUGGAAGAACCCGAACCGGUUUUCGUCCUCGUCGCUGCUGGCUGUAUUGAAACAGCCGUUACGACGCCUAGGGGGUGUUUUGGCGAGGAAUGCCUCUUAGCCCUUGCAAUUUAUUCCCUUCCUUGCCGGGAGGGAGGGAGAUGCAACCUCAUCUAUCUGUACAUUCAUUGGCUUUCUCUCUCUCUCUCUCUUUCUUCCCCCUCUCCUUUCCCUUUUCUUCCCCCCCCCCCCCCC